ACAAACUGCGUUGACGCUCAUUUGGUUAUAAUAUUUUGGACAAAAGGACAAAGAUGAAGUGUUUACUAAUCAACAUUGUUGUUUUUGUAACUACAGUUAAUUCAGAUACAAGUAAAAGUUUGUUUUUACCACAAUUGCCGGUUGGUAAAUACCGAAUAAAUUACUUAGGAAUGAUGCGUUGUGUUUCUGGCAGGUCAAAUGAAAAAAUUCAAUUUAAUUUGUACCUGAGCAAAAAGUCUACCAACACCACAGAAAUUAAAGGAAACAUUACAAUUUACGUUCCAAUAGAUGAUUCACUUAAUUUUGAAGUCAAUAUGGCGGUAAAAGAUUCUAUUGGUGGUUGGAAGGAGAACGCUUUUUUUUAUAAGUCACCCAAAGCUUGCUCUACACUAAGAAAGUACGUCGGAGAUGCUUGGAUUCCAUUAUUACAAAGUGCAGGUGUCAACAACACCAAUUGCCCUUUUCAAGUGGGGUAUUAUGAAUCUACUGGCAUAGAUACUGAUGUUUUCAAUGCGGCCAAUUUUCCAAAGACAUUUUUUUAUGGAACUUACCGACUUCGUUUUUUUUGUACCAAAAACAAUGAAGUAUAUGGUUGUUUUACUGUAGUUUUAGAGAUAAAGCGGCCAUGGGAAACUAAUUGACCAUUAAAUUACAAUAAAACAGUACCUGACAACAUUAUUUAAAUUAUCUUUCUUCACACACAUUAUUAGUAAGAUUUUUUACAAUGUUUUCAAGUGGUAAAAUACUUAACUUGAUUUAUAUAUAUUUUUUUAUUUGUAUUAUAUAUUUAUAAU